AUGGUGACAGUCAACGGUGUGUUGGAAAGCAUGAUGCCAUCCUUCUACAGAGUUGUCAUCCUUCUACAGAAUGAUCCUCAUCGCAUCUUCAUGUUUGGUACUGAAGAAAAUUUGGAAGUUUUAGAGGAGCACCGGCACUGGCACGUAGAUGGAACCUUUAAAGUAGCCCCACAAUUAUUUUUACAAGUAUUUACCAUUCAUGCAUUGGUAGAUAACCGUUCUAUUCCGUUGAUUUACGUGCUUCUACAGGAUAAACGAGAAGAAACAUAUGUUCGAGUGUUUCAAAAAUUGAUGGAGUUGAAACCCACUUUAAAUCCAAUAAGCUGCUUAUCCGACUUCGAGAAAGCGAUCCAAAAUGCAGUUUGCCAGGUAUUUCAUGGUGUUCAGGUGAUGGGUUGUUUAUUCCACUUAGGGCAGUGUUUAUGGAGGAAAAUCCAAGAGCUACAUCUUGUAGAAGAAUAUCGCAAUGACGAAAAUGUGAGAAUGCAUUUGAAAAUGUUACUAGCGUUAUCUUUUGUCCAAGAGGGCGACGUAAUCACUGCUUUUGAGGAGCUAACCGAAAGCUGUCCACGAGAAAUUGAUGCAGUCAUCGAUUACUGGGAAGAUACUUAUAUAGGACGGCAAAGAAGAAAUCGGAGAGCAGAUCCAAAAUUUCCUAUUCAUGUAUGGAAUGUUCAUGAUAGAGUGCACCAGGGCCUUCCCAGAUUUUUUUGCUUCAUUUUUAGCUGGAUCUGGAGCAUGACUGUGUCGAGUCACAUUUACCACGACAUUUUCCAAUGA